AUGGCAGUUACAUCGAUCCAGGACUUGCCAGAAGACUGUCUUGCUCACGUUAUCGCAUUCACGACCCCUCAUAAUGCAUGCGAAUCUUCAAUUGUAUCGACUAUGUUUCGUAAUUCAGUGGAAUCGGACCUUGUGUGGGACAAAUUCUUACCUUAUGAUUAUGCUGAUAUUAUGUCAAAGUUGGUUUCUCCUAUAGAAUUUUCCUCCAAAAAGGAUCUGUUUUUCAAGCUUUCUACUCCUCUUCUCAUUGAUGGGGGCAACAAGACAUUUGCGAUUGAUAAAUAUACCAACAAGAAAUGCUACAUGUUGAGUGCAAGAGAACUGUCAAUUUCUUGGGCAAGCAAUCCUCUUUGCUGGAGCUGGAAACCCCUUCUUCACUCAAGAUUUUAUGAGGGAGUAGAGCUUAUAAUGGUAUGCUGGCUUGAGAUACACGGUAAAAUCAACACUCAGAUGUUAUCGAAAAGUACAACAUAUGGAGCCUACCUUAUUGUUAAACUUGCCGAUCGUGCAUUUGGAUUAGAUACCCUACCAUCGGAGGUUUCAAUAGAAAUUGGUGGUUACAAAUCUAUAGGAACAACUUAUUUAAGAGACCAUGCGAGUAAAAAGCAAGAAUUGGAGUGUGAUUAUAUGCAACACAAGAUUGACGGUUCGAGAUCAGGAGUUUGUGAAGCAGAAGAACGCGUUGUUCAUAUACGGGAAGAUGGGUGGUUAGAAGUCGAAUUGGGUGAGUUCUAUUGUGAUGGUAAAGAGAAAGAGGUGAAAAUGAGCUUCAAAGAGGUCGAAGGUGAGCACCUCAAAGGGGGACUUCUUGUUGAAGGCAUUGAGCUUAGACCUAAGGACUAA